AUGGGCCUUAACCCACUUACUACUUCUAUCGCACCUUCAUACCAACAGAACGUACCUCUCUCCGCCGUCACGCUGUCCCCGAACGGCCAAUAUCCUCUUCAAACUCCAGUGAGCGCGAUUCAGCCGUAUAAUCCGCAAGAAUGGGUCGCCUCACCCAUGGCCGGACCCGAGCGAACCCACGUCUACAGCCUCGAUCAACAACCCAUGCUCGUCGAGCAGCCUCGGCCGGCGGCGCGAUCGAGACUCCAACUUCAGCACGGAACUGGGCCCAAUCCCAACCUAGAUGGGGGCCCGCCGCGCCGGGACAAUCCCCCACUUACCGUGGACACAUCCGGUAUCCACAGCGCAAACCAACACGAGGAAUCGUCGGCCUCCUGCUCAAGUUCUGCAGGAACCUUGUCCAGGACUCACGCGUCUGCGGACCAAUUCAUGCGGGAGACCGUAGACCGUUUCAAGUUGUUUGCCAUGCGAGAGGCCUCUGCCGAGACGGAUGCCGAGCGAGUUCGUCUCUUUGCCGACCUAAUAGUUAGCGAAUCCCGUAUACGCCGGCGGUUCCAACUCGGCGCCACCAUCGGCAACCCUUCCCGGGUCAUCACCGACGCCCGGUGGGACGCCUACGAAUGCCAACUGGGGGCCAACGGCUACAUGCCCUCAUUAUCCCCAAUUCUUAGCAUGAGCAAUGUGGAUGAGUCGGAUUCUAGAGCGUUUGGAGAGGUCAAAGAGGGAGUCCAGUAUAUGGGCGUGCCCAAGGAGGCCCGCGAGGCACUGCAAUGGGUCGAUAGCCCUAGGCGUACCGACGUACACCUCUCAGCCGACUCGGGCUCUCCAAGCGACUACCCACCGGAGAAGAUGGGCUUUGCUGACCAGGAAGUCUUGACUCCCAAAACUUCCGGCACUCCAUCCUCACCAUCACAACAACAUCACCCCGCGGUAAAUAACAACCACCCUGACCUUUCCGAUAUCCGUUCGGUGGUUCGGACGAUUAGUGAUCUAGAGGGGAUCAAGAACACCAAGGAGCGGUUCCACAAGGAAAGUGAGCGACGUCGACAAGACUUGAAGAAACAGGCUGCAGAGCGCAAGCAGGCGUUACGACUAAACCUACAAGAGGAAAUCAACUCAGGCAACAUGUCCUAUGCAGAUGCAGCCGCGAUCGACGCCGAAGCUACGGAAUCGGAAAAGGACCAGGUCAAAGAGAUGGAAAAGGUAGACUUUGAGCAAUUCCAAAAGCAAGUCGUUGCUCCAGUGAACGAGCUCUUGACUUCUGGGAUUGCUCGUUCGACUCAGCUGCUUAACGACCUCGCGAGCGGAUUGUUCCACGACGGCGAAAAUGCGGCGGACACGGCUCAGGAGGAAGGGGAUGAUAAGCCGGAGCUCCUUGAGAAGCUAACGCUGCUUAAAUGGAUAUUCGAAGCUCGUGAGGGGCUACACAAGGCGAUUUACGACCUGCUCAGCGAUCGCAACGACCGAUACAAGACGGUGAUUACGACGCCUUACCGCCUUUCGGGCAAUGAUGAGAAGCUUCGGUCCGCCGAGGCUUUUUCAGAGAAGACGCGACCAAGCGAGCUUGUCGGCCUUUGGGACAUUGCCCCUAAUAUCAGCCGACUCUUGGAACGCAUCCCGAGCAACCUUGCCGGGUUCCGCGUGCAGAUCCCGGCGGACGAAUACGAGGAGAACCCGUCAUACCGCGACCACCCUUUGCAAUAUCUGUUUAGUCUUGUCUUGCACGCCGAGAAGAGCACGUAUCAAUUCAUCGAGUCGCAAACGAACCUCCUCUGUCUCUUGCAUGAGGUGCGUGAGGCCGUCACCCACGCCAAGGUCAAAGUCAUUGAGGCUGAGGUGGAUGAAGACGGCAACCCGCUCCCGAACGGCGACCGGGAAUCCCGGGCAAGACAGACCAAAGAAGCGGCCAGCCAAAAGCUGACGGAAGAUCUAAAAGAAAAGGUCCGCGUCGUUCAGGAUCAGUGGACUGAGUCCCUAGGCGAAGCUAUCAAGCACGUCAAAGAGAGAGUCGGAGGCUGGCUUCUCGAGACCGGGGGAUGGGAUGAGCAGUUGGAAGAAGACGGUGUCGGUGUCGCAUAA